CUCACAUCAUUUAAACAGCAAGGAAGUCUAGGUUAUAGGCAGAGGGAGAGAAAGGAGUGUCGCGAAGAGCACAAGCUAGAGGAAAGCAAGAGCAGCGAAGCACUGGGUUAGAAAUUAUUCCACAAUCCAGGAUUGGACCAGAAAGUCAUGAUGAAGCUGUUUUGCCUGUCGCUGCUGCUAGCUAGUUCCACUGCUGCUGUCCCUCUGGAAUCCUCGGGUAGAGAAGUGUCCCCCACAUUGCCCUCCCAGGCCAUUACCCCAGUGCCAAGCCCAACUGAGGCAAAGUCUCGCUUUGCCAUGCUGGAUGAUGUUCGUCUACUUGCAAACGGCCUCCUUCAGCUAGGCCAGAGUUUACGGGAGUUUGUCCACAAGACCAAGGCCCAAAUCAACGACAUCUUACAGAAGUUGAACAUUUUCGAUCGCUCUUUUUACCAGCUUUCAGUUGUCACGUCAGAGAUCAAGGAGGAAGAGGAGGAGCUGAAGAAGACCACCAAUUUUUUGAAGACCAACAACGAGGAGAUCAAGAACCUGUCGCUGGAAAUCAACUCUAAAAUCAACAACAUCCUGCAUGAACGUACACAGCUGCAGAGCAAGGUGGGGAGUCUUGAGGAGAGGCUGAAGGGACUGUCAGAGAGCAUGGUCCCUGUUGACCAACUUAGUGAAAUCACAACGCUCAAGGAAGUGAUUGAAGCUCAAGAGAAAACAAUCACCAGUCUGCUAAAAGCUGUGACUGAGCAACAUGAUCAGCUUGACCACCAGAAAAUCAAGAUUAAAAACCUGGAGGAAAAGCUAAGUUAUGACAGCUUUCAAGAUACAGUCGAUAAGCCAAUGGAUUCAGACCAUUCAACUCCUAAUAUGUUUGAAUAUCUGACAGGAAACUCAACUGGCCUGGACACAAAUGACCUCCCCACAGACUGCAGUGAGUUGUUUAACAAAGGAGAAGCAAACAGUGGAACCUAUGUUAUCAAGCCAAACCAAUCUGAGCCAUUCAAUGUCUACUGUGAAAUGGAUUCAGAUGGAGGUUCAACUGUCAUCCAGCACAGGACCGAUGGUUCAGUGGAUUUUGACCAGACGUGGGAGAAGUACGAGAAAGGCUUUGGAGAGCUGGAAAAAGACUUCUGGUUGGGCUUAAAGAAGAUCCACAGCCUUACACAGCAGGGAGUUUACAUCCUGCGUAUUGAUUUGGAGGACUGGAAGGAGGAGAAGCACUGGGCUGAGUACCGCUUCUCACUGGAGGGUUCCUCCAAGGACUACACCCUCCAAGUCAGUGACUUCUCUGGUGACCUGCCUGAUGCCAUGGCCAACAGCACGGGCAUGAUAUUCUCCACUAAAGACCGAAAUAAUGACAACCUCCGAAACUCCAACUGCGCUCGCAAUUACACAGGUGGUUGGUGGUUUAAUGCCUGCGGUGAGACAAACCUUAAUGGAAGAUAUCUGUGGUUGAGGGCAAAAGGACGCUCUAUGAGAAGGAAGGGCAUUCACUGGAAACCUGGCACAGGGCCCUCAUAUUCCCUUAAGAUGACCAAGAUGACCGUACGACCAGCACCUACAACUUAAAGCUUCAACUGAACCCCACAAGUCAUACCUUCUCUUACAACAAUACUAGCAUUUUUAACAAAAAUUGAUAAUAUCUAAUGCUCAGUUGAAAGGUUCCAUGGAAAGAAAAAGUGAUGUAACACAGUCAUUAUAUAUGACACCAAAUCCAUAGUCAUUCUCCAACAUUAAGCUGAUUGCUUCCUAAUGCUGUUUUGUCAGAGGUUGGUGCUGACUGAUUGAUAAUAUGUUGCAACCAUGGCAUGCAGGUCAUUAACCUAUUGGAUCUGAUCCAGCAGGGACAGUACAAUUGUCAUUAUGCAACAUUUGCCAUCACUUGCAAAAUGGACAUAUGGAUCAACAUCAGCAACCUGAUUCCGUGUUGGCUGCAAAAUGUCACAGUACUGCAAUAGAAAGAAACAGACUGUGGAGAGAUUCCGAAACAAUUCCAAAACAGAGAUUUCUUGUCUAUAUUUUCAGUGAACUUAAAUGUAUUUGACAGCCUCAAUGUUAGCUAUUUGAGCUAUUUAAAAUGUAUUUUAUCUUUGUGAUGUAAAACUGCUGCAUGUUGCAAGGAGUUACAGGCUGAAAUACACACAGGUUAUGACAAAGUAUGUAAAUCAUAUUACACGGUUCAAAAGAAACACUGCAUCUCCAACAUCUCAAAAAGUGUCCAUAUUGAUGAUUUUUUUUCCAAUGAAGACCUUGUCAUUUUCACCCUGUAUUCUACACUGUUUCCUCCCUAGGUUCAUGAGAAAAAUCUACAAAGUGGGGGCAAUGUCAGCGGUCAAAUACAGAACAAUAGAUACAAAGCUUUGCAAAGCAUUGAUGAGGUCCUUUCCGUACGUUUGUUCUAUGUUGUUGUUUUUUUACACUAACGUAUUUAAACCAUUUCCAUGCUAUAUCAUUUUUGCUGGUAUUGUUGGAACAACACAUUUCUGCAUAUUUGCUAUUUUACUGAGUCAUAUUGACUCUUGUCCAUUUUUACAACAUAACUAACUGCCCUGUAAAUGUGCCUCUUACUAACACUUCAACCUGAAAAGUACCAAUGUGCUCUAACAAAUCAUAUUUAUGAAAACAAAAUAAAAAUUUGUAACCAAAUGA